UUCCCUCCACCCCGCACUGCUCUCUGACCGAGUCCCAAGCCCCCGACCUCCUGCACUCCUCCCCUGCAACGCACCCACCCAUCCCGAUGGCCCAGGCCAUGGCCGCCGCCUCCGAGCUGAUCAGCACCACCCUGAAGCGCCCGUUCGGGAGCGACGGGCCACUCGGCGACGACAACGGCGGCGGCGCGCUCGCCCACGCCGACGAGAAGCCCAAGGCGCGCCGCCGGGAGGCGGACCCCGCGGCGGCGCUGGCCGCAGCGCGGCACGAGUUCGGGGAGCACGGCGGCGUGAACAUGUCCAUCGAGGCGUCGGCGACGUUCACGGUGAUGGAGCCGGACACCAUGCGGCGUCUCUUCGCCGGGGAGCUCGGCCCCGACCGCGGCGACAUGUACAUCUACAGCCGUCACUUCAACCCUACGGUGCUGGCGCUGGGCCGGCAGAUGGCGGCGCUGGAGGCCACCGAGGCCGCCUACUGCACGGCGUCGGGGAUGUCCGCCAUCUCCUCCGUGCUGAUGCAGCUGGUCGGGGUGGGGGGCCACGUGGUGGCGUCGAGGUGCCUGUACGGCGGCACCCACGCGCUGCUGUCCACGUUCCUGCCGCGGACCUCCGGGGUGCGCGCCACGUUCGUGGACGCCGACGACGAGGCCGCCGUGCGCGCCGCCGUGGUGCCCGGGGAGACGCGGGUGGUGUACGUGGAGACGAUGUCGAACCCGACGCUGGCCGUCGCGGACAUCCCGAUGCUGGCGCGGGUGGCGCACGAGGCCGGGGCCAAGCUCGUGGUGGACAACACCUUCACCCCCGUCGUCGUCACCCCGGCCCGCCUGGGCGCCGACGUCGUCGUCCACAGCGUGUCCAAGUUCAUCAGCGGCGGCGCCGACAUCAUCGCCGGCGCCAUCUGCGGGCCGGCGAGCCUGGUGAACGCGAUGAUGGACCUGCAGGAGGGCGCGCUGAUGCUGCUGGGCCCGACGAUGAACGCCAAGGUGGCCUUCGAGCUCUCGGAGCGCCUCCCCCACCUCCCCCUACGCAUGCAGGAGCACUCGCGCCGCGCCCUGGCGUUCGCGUCCCGAAUGCAGCGCCUGGGCCUGCGCGUCCUCUACCCGGGCCUCCCGGACCACCCGCACCACGCCCGCCUGAGCGCCAUGGCCAACCCGGGCUACGGCUCCGGCGGUAUGCUCUGCGUCGACAUGGGCACCGAGGACCGCGCCAACCGCCUCAUGCACCACCUCCAGAACACCACCCAGUUCGGCCUCAUGGCCGUCAGCCUGGGGUACUACGAGACGCUCAUGUCCUGCUCCGGGAGCAGCACCAGCAGCGAGAUGCCGCCCGAGGACCGCGCCAAGGCCGGGAUCUCGCCGGGGCUCGUCCGCAUGUCCGUCGGCUACAACGGCACGCUCGAGCAGCGUUGGGCGCAGUUCGAGCGCGCCCUCGCGCUCAUGCAGCCAGUACCGGCGCCGCUGCACCACAAGCCCGGCGCCGCCGCCGACCGCGACGUCCUCGACGCCGGCACCACCAUCCACCGCAAGCACUGACCGGCGCGCGUCCUCCCCCAACAGAUGUCAAGGGUGUGCCGGCAGGGAACAUGCAUGCUUCUGGUGUAUAUUACUAUUUACUACAGUACCAUUUAAGUGGGUAAAGGUUAAGUAAGCGCCGUCUGAUCCCUCUGGUUCAGAUGGAUAAGCCAGUGAGUGCAAGCCGCUUCAUCUCGGUCUGGGGAUCCUGGAAACGACAUGAAUAAGUGUGUCGUUGUAAUCAGUUGUUUGCUGCUAAUCGAACUUCAUCAGCAAGAAG